CUCAUAAUAAUCUCGUACUAAAUUCUUAUUUUCGUGCUGCCGGCUUAAUGUCACCUCUCGGUCGAAUAUUAUUUGUUAUUUUGAUAUACAGCGUAAUCUCGAUUAUACAUUGCGUACAUACAUCAUCCGAACGUUCUGUCAUCAGAAUAUUGUAUAAUUCUCUAUAGUGUAUUUCAUAUACGUAUAUACGUAUAUACCUAUAUACAUGUUUAAUCCACGUAGUAUUUAUUUCCCCCUAUCAAAAUUGUCGACGACAACAAUUGUCGAAAUAAAAUCUCGUCUCAACAUUUCAGUACUGUAUUUACAUUCGAAACGUUUCAAACAAUAAUGACGUCAAGACGAAAACCGUUAUAUUUGACAAUUACUGAUAAAUACACCGGUAUUACGAUGAGAGGUAAAGGCAAAAUUCGACAAACCAUAAUGGAAAAGUACGGUAUUCCAAAAUCCACAUUGAUCAAUAUAUGUAUAAAAAGCGAAGUGAUUUCAAAUCAAUGCGGGAUCCUCAUGGGUUUCACACGGAAACGUUCGGAAAUAGAGAGAGCUAUUUACCACUGGUACUUACGAUGUAAGGAAAGAAAGGUAAAAAUGACAGGAGUAGACAUACAGAAUGAAGCUCGAGAAAUUAAUCAUAAAUUAAACGGACAUCCUAAUUUUAAAGCCAGUUCCACUUGGUUGCGAAACUUUAAAGAACGUUACUGUAUUACUACUAAGGAUAUAAGGGAAUAUUUUGAACCCGCAAUUCCAUUCAUUGAAGGGCACAACUUUAAAGCUGAUUUUAACAGAUUACUGGAAGAAGGUGGGUUCACAUUGAAGAACGUUUACAAUGUCGCUUACACAAUAGUAAUGUGGAAAGCAGUAUCAGAUGAAACUUGUAUUUUGAACCAUGCGAAAUCGACAAGAAACUUAAAAAUGUGCGAUGGUUACGUUACUGCACUUUUUUGUGCAAAUGCUACCGGAUGUCACAAGUUGCCGGUACUAAUAAUCGGUAACGUUCCGGAAACUCAUAGUUUAUACAAAUUCAAAACAGAAGCCUUCACAACUAUCUAUAUAUCAAACACCAGUGCUUGCAUGGACAGUACCAUUUUCAAACAAUGGUACAAAGAGCAUUUUUUAAAAUCAAUCGAAGGAAGACAACGGGAGAACGGGUACGAGGGCAAAUAUUUGUUGUUACUAGAUAAUACUACGUUGCUUCACGAUAUCAAUGAUAUUAAUAAUAUAGACCCAUUAGUAGAAGUUACGUCUCCUCCACCUAACGUAUCACCACACAAUCAACCAAUGAAUUGUGGUGUAAUCACAUGUUUCAAGCGAAAGUACCGAAUAGAAUUACUGAAAGCAAUAAAGCCAUUAUCUAUCUACAAUACGGAGGUAGAAGUGAUAGACCUCCAUAAAGAAUUAAGCAUAUGGGAUUGCUGCCGCAUUGUACAUGAUGCUUGGUCACAUGUCGAAGAUUCAAUACUGAUAAGCUCGUGGCACAGCCUUUUGUAUUCUAUGGACACGUGGUAUAUAGAAUUUGUAGAAAAAGACGAUAUUGACGCAUAUAAAACAGUUGAAUUUCUGCAUAAAUUACCUGGAUGCGAACAGUGCCAGAAAAUCAAUGUGUUGCAUUGGUUUUAUAUUGAUACCGAAUAUGAUGUAAUCCACAAGGUAUGUGCCGAUGAAGUUGUUCGAGAAUUUGAAAAAAAUACUCUGGGUCCAGUGAGCAUAGGUGAAGCUGGAUCUACUCGUGCGAAGCUCUCGAGAAGGAGCUAACGUGGUUUGAAACACAAAAUGAAAGUAACUCGGUGGAAUUGCUUCUAUUAAAACGCGUAUAUUAAGAAAUUUGUUGAGAAAUAUAAUAUGAUUUAGCGAUAAAAAAUUGUGAAACCCGUAUGAUUUUAUGUAGCGUUCAAUUGUUUGCUUGUACCAUUUGGUUUGAAGUACAGAAAAAGCUGUUGUUCUAUCAUUCAAACACAUUUAUCAUUAUUAGUUCCAAUAAUCAAGAUUCUACUAUAUAUGGAAGGCAAGGAAAGGCGCGCAAUGUUAUUCUUGUAUUUACGUUCUCUUUGAACUUUAUACUUUGAAUUUGGCAAAUUAGAGUUAAAGUAAUUGUUAAAUUAAAUGUUUACUGGAAAUAUAGAGAUGGAUCGAUGAAUGUAUUAAACAAGUAUAUUGUCGCACAAAUAAAUGAUGAUGACUUUAAAAUCAUAUUUAAAAAAUGUCUUCUAGAAAAACAUUAUCUACCAAAUAGUAUAACCUUGCCUGCGUAGUUAUUUUCAUAAUAUUAAUAACGAAGUUAUUUAGAUGCCCCGAUUUAUGUAUCCCAUUCUGUAUAUCAGCGGAUAUUUAUCAGUGCGAGUACCUACCAAAGCCGGUAGAUACGCGGCUAAUCAAUGCAAAACUUGAAUUGGAACUAAAUUUAUAUUGCUAAAAUUAUAUGAUAUAGAAACAUAUACAUUCACACAAA